AUGGGUCUCUUUUCUAGUUUCAUUGACUUGUUCUGCGAGCGCUGCUCGACCGAGUCCAUCUGGACUCUCGCACUGGUCGGCGCGUUGUCCUUCAUCUCCCUGUCUGUCGUCGUCAACGUUCUACGCCAAUUACUGUUCAAGAGCCCCCACGAACCUCCUAUAGUCUUCCACUGGUUCCCUUUCGUUGGCAGCACUAUAAGCUAUGGCAUUGACCCCUACAAAUUCUUCUUCAACGCUCGGGCAAAGUAUGGCGACAUUUUUACCUUCGUUCUUCUUGGCAAGAAGACUACGGUCUAUCUUGGCACCAAGGGUAAUGAUUUUAUCCUUAAUGGCAAGCUUCGCGACGUUUGCGCCGAGGAAGUCUACUCGCCACUCACCACCCCGGUAACAGCUCCUGCAUUCAAGGAGCCCAAAGGAACUUUUGAUGUCACCAAGAAUAUUUCUGAAAUCACUAUCUACACUGCUUCGCGCUCGCUCCAGGGCAAGGAAGUUCGGGAUCGAUUUGACUCCACCUUUGCGGAAAUGUACCACGAUCUCGACAAGGGCUUUGCUCCCAUUAAUUUCAUGUUGCCCUGGGCACCGCUUCCCCACAACCGCAAGCGCGAUGCGGCGCAACAGAAGCUGACUGAGACCUAUAUGGACAUUAUCCGCCAGCGUCGCGAGUCUGGUGGCAAGAAGGAUUCCGAGGACAUGGUCUGGAACCUGAUGUCGUGCGUCUACAAGAAUGGCACCCCGAUUCCCGAUGAAGAAAUUGCGCAUAUGAUGAUUGCUUUGCUGAUGGCGGGCCAACACUCCUCGUCUUCUACCGCCGCCUGGAUCAUUCUGCGCUUGGCUACCUGCCCCGAGAUCGUGGAGGAGCUCUACGAAGAGCAGAUCCGAGUACUUGGCUCUGAUCUCCCUGCUCUUACCUAUGAGAGUCUCCAGAAAUUGGAUUUGCACGCCAAAGUUAUUAAGGAGACCCUUCGCAUCCACGCCCCGAUCCACUCUAUCAUCCGCGCCGUCAAGAACCCCAUGCCUGUGGAAGGUACUCCCUACGUUAUUCCCACCACCCACAAUGUUCUCUCUUCCCCAGGUGUGACUGCCCGUUCCGAGGAGUUCUUCCCGAACCCUCUGAAGUGGAAUCCCCACCGCUGGGACGAGGAUACAACGGCCAAGGAGGACGCCAAGGAUGAAGACGGCGAGCAGAUCGAUUACGGCUACGGUCUGGUCAGCAAGGGCACCAACAGUCCUUAUCUUCCCUUCGGUGCCGGUCGUCAUCGUUGUAUCGGUGAGCAAUUUGCCUACGUGCAACUGGGUACUAUCCUAGCCGCUCUAGUGAGGCAAUUCAAGUUCUCCAACCCUCCUGGUGCCAACAACAUUCCUGAGACAGAUUACUCGUCUCUGUUCUCCAAGCCUAUGGGCAAGUCUUUCGUGUGCUACGAGAAGCGAGGAGCCAAGUCAUAG